CCUAACAUUGAUCGAACUCCUAAAUAUUGAUCUAUUCUCUCCAAUCCCUAUCAUAGUCCUCAACGAUCUCUAUCUCACGUUCAUAUACAUGAAAUCACUAUAUAAUACACCAAAUAGAAAUUCAUGUAAGGGUGGUCAUAAGCAACUUGAAUCUUACAUACAGUUAAAAACCCACUCCCAAGAAAACAGUUUCGAGACUUUGAUUGGGUGGUUAGCAGUAUAAAUAAUAAACUGUCAUUCGCUUUGUUAAUAACAAACUGCAUUUGUAGCAGAAACAAAAAAAUCAGUAGGAAAGAGGAGAAAUGGAGGACAUUGACAAUGGUAGAUGGAAAGAUCUUGAUUGCUUGCUUCUCAGGCCAGGGAAUCUUGUCGGCGAAAAUUUUGAGCCAGGGGAAGAGUUGAGAAGUGAUUUGCAAGAAUUUGCCAAGGUCUUGGUUGUAGGAGCUGGGGGUCUUGGCUGUGAGUUACUAAAAGAUCUUGCCUUGUCUGGAUUUAAGAACAUUGAGGUGAUAGAUAUGGAUACUAUUGAUGUAUCCAAUCUCAAUCGACAGUUCCUCUUCAGGAUGCAAGAUGUGGGGAAGCCAAAGGCAGAAGUAGCUGCAAAGCGAGUCAUGGAGCGAGUUAGUGGGGUAAACAUUGUACCCCAUUUCUGUCGGAUUGAGGAGAAAGAUAUUGACUUCUACAGCGAGUUUAAUAUAAUUGCACUUGGUCUUGAUUCAAUUGAGGCUCGAAGCUAUAUCAAUGCAGUGGCCUGUAGCUUUCUUGAAUAUGAUUCUGAUGAUAAACCACGUCCAGAAACAAUCAAACCUAUGGUUGAUGGGGGUACUGAAGGAUUCAGUGGCCAGGCCAAAGUGAUUUUACCUGGAGUCACACCUUGCUUCGAGUGUACCAUAUAUCUUUUCCCACCUCAGGUUAAAUUUCCUUUAUGUACUCUUGCAGAGACUCCUCGGUCAGCUGCUCACUGUAUUGAGUAUGCUCAUCUAAUCCAAUGGGACCAGGAACAUCAUGGAAAACCUUUUGAUGAAGACAAUCCAGAGCAUAUUCAAUGGAUUUAUUCACAGGCACUUGAAAGAGCGGACACAUUUGGCAUAACUGGAGUCACAUACUCCUUAACUCAGGGUGUUGUCAAAAAUAUUGUACCAGCCAUCGCAUCAACAAAUGCUAUCAUAUCAUCUGUAUGUGCACUGGAGGCACUGAAAAUUGCAACAGGAUGCAGCAAAUCAUUGUCAAAUUAUUUAGCGUAUAAUGGAACUGAAGGUGUUCAUACAGGUGUAACUGAAUUUACGAAAAAUGAUGAUUGUUUGGUCUGUGGCCCUGGAGUGUUGAUGGAAAUAGAUUCCUGUACAACUUUGCAAAAGUUCAUUGAUCUUGCUGGAGAACAUCCAAGGCUUAAGUUGUCAAGACCAAGUGUGAUGUAUAGAGGAAACAAUCUUUAUAUUCAAGCGCCUCCUGUGCUGGAGGAAAUGACACGAUCCAAUUUACAACUUCCUCUCUUUGAGCUUAUGGGUAAAGUUCCAAAAGACAGUGUACAUUUAAGUGGUACUGUAAUUACUAAUGAUAAGAAGAGCACUACGACAAGAAAAGUGCGGAUUUCUUUUAAGGGAAUUUCAGAUGAGGUCACAGACAUGGACACUGCUGGUGGGGGCUAAGGAAUAUACCCACGGAAGUGUUCUUGUAAGAAACAAUUAUUUGCUUUUACGGCAAUUUUUAUGAAGCUAACUACUUUGCAGCCAAUCAUUGGAAUGUAAAGUUUAUGAGAGUUCAGAAAUAUAUUUAAGAAAAGUCUGCACAUUCAAGUGUCUA